AUGCCCUCCGUGAAGCCUAUAAUUGCUUUCGCUCAACUUAAUGUUCCGGUUGAACUUCAGUCCUCCUUCGCCGGCUUCAAGGAACCUACACCCAUCCAAGCGUGCACCUGGCCGCCUGCCUUAGAGGGUCGCGAUGUCACUAAUAUCUCCACAAACAGUGGGAAAACUUUAGCAUUCGGUAUACCCGCGCUAUCACGACUUAUAAAGUCAAUUUCAAAAUCAUCGUCAAAGUCAGGGAAUUCGACGAUAUCCAUUCUAGUGCUCGCACCCACCCGUGAGCUUGCUCUUCAAACGCAUGAUACCCUCGCUGCGCUCGGAAAACCCUUUGGCAUUGCCAGUGUGGCCGUCUUUGGUGGCGUUCCGAAGGACCCACAGGUAAAAAUGCUCAAGAACGCGAGUAAGGCAAAGGAUGGUAUGACGACAAGAAUCAUUGUUGGGACGCCUGGGCGAAUUUUGGAUCUGAUGCAGGAAGGUGUCUGUGAUCUGAGUGGAGUGGACUAUCUUGUGCUAGAUGAAGCGGAUCGGAUGUUGGAUAAAGGUUUCGAGAAUGAUAUCCGAAAUAUCAUCUCCAGCACGAAACCUACAGCAGAAAGGCAGACGAUGAUGUUUAGCGCAACAUGGCCAGAGGCUGUUCGGCGAUUGGCUAGCACCUUCCAGACUAAUCCGGUGAGGGUAACAGUAGGAAGCGACGACUUGACAGCGAAUAGUCGCGUCGAGCAAAGCGUAGCCGUCUUUGACGACUCCCGUUCGAAAGACCAGAGGCUGUUAGCCCUUUUGCAAAAGCUAUCGCACAAGAAAACUUCUACUAAAGGUGCCUCCGAUUCGCUUAUCUUGAUUUUUGCCCUGUACAAGAAAGAAGCUUCACGUGUGGAGCAAAUGUUGAAGUACAAUGGGUAUUCUGUAGGUGCGCUGCAUGGAGAUAUGUCACAACCCGCACGGCUUGAGACCUUGGAAAACUUUAAAAACGGUACAACUGGCCUAAUGGUUGCGACCGACGUUGCAGCACGGGGACUGGAUAUCCCCAACGUCGGGGCAGUCAUCAACUAUACCUUUCCGCUGACCAUCGAGGAUUAUAUCCAUAGGAUAGGAAGAACGGGUCGGGGUGGAAAGACAGGAAAAUCGAUCACAUUUUUUACUGGGGACAACCACGAGCGAUCUCUCGCUGGCGAAUUUGCUCGAGUGUUGAGAGAGGGAGGGUUUGACUACGAAGGAUUGAAGAAGUUCCCGAUGACGAUCAAGAAAAAGGAGCAUAGCGCAUACGGAGCAUUUUUCCGAGAUGAUAUACCAGUUCCCAAGGGACCUACGAAGAUUGUUUUCUAGAGACGCUUCUUUGCUAGAGGAGACGCACCUUGUCUGUUACUUCAUUAGGCAUUACUGCGAUAUUACUGUGCCGGAGUAAAUGUACUGUCUGAUCUCUC